AUGGAAGCGCUGAGUCGUAUUGGAGAGUUUUUCUUCGACGAUGGCCAUGUGAGUGAGGAAGAGCGGCUUCGGGUCUACCAAGCGUACAAGGAGAAGAUGCGUGCUCAGCAGCAGCAGCAGCAGAACCAGAACCAGCCAAUAAGGAACGCAAAGAGCCAAAUGAGCGCUACGAGCCCCAGCUGUAGGAUCGCUAAGAGUCCAACCGCUGGCAGCAAACUUUCUUCGCCAGCCUCAAGCCCCAAGCCAAAGGCGAGUCAGACACCAAAAGCAAAGCCAAAAGCAAAGGGCCCGACUGCCACCACGACACCCACAAAAUCGGUGCCCAAAAAGAUCGAAACGUUGACCAAAGCGAGCAAAGGCACCGGCGUAAGCUCAGGACCUACUCGAUCUCAUACCACUAAGACAACCAACACUCAUACAACUGGAACUGGCACUGGCACUGGCACUGGAACUUUCACCGGCACCGGUACCGGCACCGGCGCUAGUUCGAACCAACUCUCUAGUGCCCGUGAAACAGAUGCGUCGGGAGAAACUCCCAGUGAAAGCUCUUCUUCGGAAGACCUAGAAUCGAUGAUCCCGGAAACAGUCUGCGCCGAUCUGUCCAUGCGAUCGGUUUCUUCUAGAAGUGUCAUUUCAGAGUCGGCGACAGGCUCAGGCAGCUCCAAAAGUCAAAGGGAUGAAUCCAACAAUGCGUCCAAAUCUGGCUCCAAAAGGCCAGGGACCAAGACAGAUACCACUGGAACUGGACGUGCUUCUGCAUCUAGAACUGGGUCUGUCUCAGUCACAGCCUCUGCAUCUGCAUCUGCAUCUGCAUCUGUUUCUAAGUCCGGAUCUGCUUCGGCCUCGCGCUCUAGAGCUGGAUCAGCUUCGGGCUCUAGAACUGCGUCUGCACAUGAUAUCACAGGCACUGGCUCAGAAGGUGAAGCUUCCCAUGAUGAAGCUUCCCACGAUGAAGACGAGUCAGAGUCAGCCCACGAACAGCUCUCAAAGAACGGAAAAGGGCAUCCAGCAACCAAAAGGGGACAGAACAGAAGUCACUUUGGUCUGAGAUUUCUCAGCUUCCGCUUAGGAAACAGGUCCGCUUCAACUACCACAAGGCAAGAAACAAUAACCGAAACGGGAACUCUUUUCGAUGAACAGGGGACUUUCGAACGACGGAUGUCCCAUACUACCAGCAACUAUGACAGAUCCAGGUCAAGAGGUACCGUAUUUAGUGAAAGUACCACCGCCACAGAACUUGGCAACUCGUUGGGACGAAAGCCCUCCGGAAAGUCCAACAAAUCGAAUGUCAGCUCUUUGGACAGAAAACGAUCCGCAAGAUCUAACAAUACUGAUGGCAACGCAGGAACUGUUUCCUUCCAGGUUACUCCCGCUGUUUCCCAAACCGGUUUCGAGGCCAAGAAGAAAGGAGUACCCAGUGUCACUUCGUCGGCUGUCUUUAGCGGUCUUUCAUCAGCUGUCGGCACAAAGUCUAAGAAAAAUCCUACUUCACCAGUAACCCUUAAGUCAGCUAAAUCCUUCAGGACGUGGAAUUCCAAGUCUACAGAAGGCAUGCCCAAGGCUGUUCAUGGGUGGAUCGAAGAGGAAGAGGAAGCGGACGGCUUAGGCGGUAGAAUCGAGCUUGCCGUUACCUAUACUCCAGAGGACGGCGACGGCAAGGGCAAUCGUUCACCUACUUCUCAUCCAACCCCAGGGUCGCCCAUGUCAGCUAAAGGCGCAAUGGAUUCCACAAGAGUCUCGGAACCAGAACCUGUCGAAGCCAACCCAACCAUGGAAACACACGAUACCCAGAAGCGAUCCAUAGCAUCUAUGUUUCGCAGAAAGACACUACCUGCUCAUCUGCCAAAAGCUACCGCUGGCUCAAAUGUGCCGCGACGAAGCACUCCGCAGUCCAUCAAGAAGGCUGACAUCAGAAGCGAUGCUCACGAUACACAACAAAAGCAACUUGAAGUGGGAGAGGGUGCUCCUGAUGUUGUCAACGACAAAUUGGCUGCCAUGUCAUCACCGAUACCGAAAUCUGUGCCAUCCAACGGCAUUGUAGUGGACCCGCUAAACAUCAAGAAGAGCGCUGACGCAUCGCAAGGAUUUGGGCAUUUCUUCAAUUCAAACCUGGCCCCGAAAGAACCUGAUGAUGCCCAAGGUUCCGCGGCCGAGCGUCAUGGCGUGUCUUCGCCAGGCGCAGCUACUCAAAUGAGAGGACUAUUGAUGGAUGAUGCUAUGGAAAAGGCUCGAAUCGCACCUCAGGUUCCAAUCCCCCAAGCCAUCAACCUAUCAAGAAUUCCAGCAACUCCAGAAACCACCAACCUAUUGAACCUGAACCUCCCGGAACGGCCACCGAGGUUUCCGACAUCGCUGUCCAAGCCAGAUAGGGAACAUUCCAAUGUAUCCCAUCCUAUGGUGAAGAGAGGAAUCACCGUUACCACGACUUACUCCAUGGAGCCUUCUGAGUCUGCAAAUGUACAGGAAUACAUAGAAGUCACGUACGACUCGGAUGAGUUAGAAUCUUCCAAGGAAUUGAUUACCUUAUCUGUAACCUCUCCCCAAAAUGCAGAAGCUGACGAGCCCCAUAUCGAAGAAGUCCCCAGGGAUACUGACGGCGUUUACGCUGGCACCAGCCCCAAGCCUGUUCACUCGGUUGACGAAAAAAGGCAAAUCCCGUCUCCACGAACGCGAAAGGGUUUCUUCGGAAGGCGAUUGUUGCAGCGUAAGAAGCACGAGAAGGUUGAAAAGGUUGAUGCAUUGUCUACCACCGUCAAUGAAACUGUCAAUGAAACUGUCACGAGACAUACCUUGUCUAGCCACAACGACCAACCGCGACACGUCAUUGGAGAGACAAGCGUAUUUGGAGAGGACGAAAUCCUAUCAUCGAUAAAUGACAGCAAAGUCAGCCUUGAACAAACCAAGACGAGAGCGAGCAGGUCAAGAGCAAGCUCCAAGAAAAGUUCUAAGAAACGCUCCAGCUCUGUCCCAUCCAAGCAGGGUCUGGCGUUCAAUGGUUUCAUGCAAACACUUCAGUUGCAUGCACAAGGUGACCCUCUUGAAAAUAUCGCUAAUGGGAAUCUAGUUGCAGAUCCGACAGCGACUGUCCCUGAUGAUGAGAACACUCAAACAUCCGGCAAGCCAGUAGUUGAACCUCAGGCACAGUCCACCUUGGAGUCACCAAGAAGGAUACGGUUCCCUUUCUUCAAUCGUUCUAGAACAAAGGGAAGUGAGAAUCCCGUUGCCGCUUCUCCAAGGCCACCUGGAAUAGACGUCGCUGAUGUACGUGGCGGUCAGAGUCCUCGAAGGAGAUGGGUGCGAUCUUUCAGUCUACCACGAACAAAACGCGAAAAGAGGCAGGCCUUUGACGCAGGCAACGAGCACACCUUCAAUGACCACGAGGAGGACAUUUUGACUCCUCUCGAACGACGAAGACUGCCAUCCACACUACCACGGAAUACGCGUAAGAAAAAGGCCAGCGACUCUGAAGAUCCCCUAAGAGCACAAGGCACCCCGAGCGCGUACAGCGAAGGCCACAAGAAGGCUCCAUUUGAUGCCAACCCAUGGCGCAGCGGACACCCCAAUUAUGCAGAGAUGCGAAGUCCUCGUCUGGAUGGAACCAAUCAAACCGUAGACGGAGAUAGAUCCAACGCGGCUCUCUCAAACGGUAACACGUCUCAGAAGUCUCUGCUGUCUCAAUUGAAGAGAGGAAACCUGACUACCUCAGAACGAGCACUGCUUAAGAAAGCUCUUGCAAAGAAGUUGGAAGAAAAGAAAAGAAGUCAGAUCGAGAAAGAACGACUGUCACUCGAGAAGGGCGAGGUUGAUUCUCCGCCUGACAUGCCCCUGCCCAUUGAUAAGCCACAAGCGGAGCCUACCAGCGAACAAGCCCCAAUGCAAGAUGACACUGAAGAGAUUAAAAAGAAGAAAGGUCUGAAAAGGCUAAAGUCAGGCUUGAUGGGGAUUCUGCGACGGAAGAGCAAGAAAGCGCCAGAAGAACCAGUUCGAGAAAUGACGUCUGUUCACGAAUCGCAACGGAACGAGGCUGUGGAUGUCAUCACCGAGAACCAAGAGGGAUUCCUUCAACCAGUUCAACCUGAAGAAGAUGUGGGCCCGGGCCCACUCGUUCCGCUUGGCAUUGGAGCAGACAUCACUUUCCUAAUGCAACACCAGAUGAUGCUGCAAUCGAAGAAUCCCACAUGGAAGCAACCGGUUCCACGUGGAAAAGGCAGCGUCGCUAAUCGAUUCAGUGCCACCGAGACUUUGACUGGAGCCAGCGCCAGCCUUGAGAAUGAAACUCAAACAGCCAAGCUCCAUCGGGUAUUGGGCCGAAGAGAGGAGGAAAAGCGUGUGCAGAAAGGCGAAAGCAAUAGCAUCCUUGACGUGCGAGCCCCCAAGGUGAAAAAGCAACUGAAGGUGAUCAAACAGGUUAUUUCCCCUGAACCAUCUUCGUCUGUGUCUUCUUCUCAAGACGACGACGACGACGAGUCCGACUCCUCGAACGAUGGUGAAGAAAAAGGAGACAAUACGCUGGCAAACACUGGCAGUGGUGAAAACACAACCGCCUACAGUGUCCAAAAUCAACGAGUGCUGGAAACCUUGAGAAUGCUGCAUGCGGUAAAGAAACGAAAGAAGCGACAAGAACGGAUUUCUCGCAUGGAAAGGGUUACCGACUGCAAUGCUUUUAUGGACCCCCUGAUCGACGGAAUUGAAGAGGCAGCUUGCGGAGGACAUUACUAG